AUGUCUGUUGCAAACGCAGGCGUGGCCGCAGCGGCUACAAAUCCUCUGGCAGAAGACGCUACUCGGGAUCCUGAACUAGCCGGGCCUGAGCAGUCGGAGGAAGAGCGUCCCGUCGCUCCCGAUCAAUUUGACCCGAGAUAUGAGACGUCGAAAUGGGAGAGAUGGGCCUAUUACUGCUAUUACAUUGGAAACAACGGACUGACUCUCUUCAACUUUGCGCCCACAUCAUUCCAGGAUCUCCUUUACGAAGCCGCGGGUGAUGUAGGCAGACUACAGUUUCUGGGCGCCUUUCGCACCAUCAAUUCGAUUGUUCUCCUGGCAAAUGGCAUUUCAUUCGCGAUCCAAGUCGUCUUGUUCCUGCUUUUGGGCAGCAUGGCGGAUUACGGACGGUGGCGACCGUGGAUCUUGAUCUUCUGGUCCAUCGUCGCAUUCGCGCUGGGCUUCGGCUGGCUCGGAGUGCAUACCCAGGACAAGUGGCCCAUCGCGACUGGACUGUACAUGGUCGGACUGAUUGCAUAUCAAAUGACCAUCACCUUCUGGACUGCGGCUUUCCCAGGCCUCGCUCGCAACCAGCCCAUAAUGCGCCAAAAGGCCGAGCAGUAUGAAAAGGGCGAGAUCACUCGGGAAGACUAUGACUUUGCAGACAUGAUGGAGCGCAACAAAGUCUACAACGUCGCCUUCAUCAUGCAGAGUGCCGGCGAGAUUGUCAUUCUGGCCAUUCUCGUGGGUAUUCUUUUCGCUUUGGAUGUCGACGCUAGCGCCGCGAACAACCUGUGGGGUCUCUCGGUUUUGAUAGCAUACGCCACUGGUGUCUGGAUCUGUCUUGCCAUUCCCUGGUUUAUCCUCGAGAAAAGGCGCCCAGGCCAGCAACUCCCACCAGGCAUGAAUGUCAUAAGCGUCGGGUUCUGGAACAUCUGGCGGGCACUUGUCCAGAUUUGGGAAUUGAAGCAAAGUUUGAUCUAUCUUAUCGGGUACUUCCUACUAGGCGACAGCUUGAACACAACCGUGACGGUUAUCGCCACGCUCCAAUAUUCCGUGGUCAGCUAUAACACCUUGACUCUGACGUACAUGCUCAUGGUCGGUAUCGCGACCCAGCUGGUGGGAAUCUGGGGCUACUGGAGGAUCCAGAAACACUUCGGGCUCAGCACGAAGACCAUGUUCGAUCUUGUCAUGCUCGGAAUUAUCCUGUUGGAUCUUUGGGGGAUGAUUGGCAUUUGGACCAACAAGAUAGGCUAUCACCACAAAUGGGAGUUCUGGCUGUACCAGGCGGUAUAUGGUCUGGUCGUGUGCCAAUGGUAUUCCUACAGCCAGACCAUGAUCAGCGAAGUGACGCCACGAGGCAAAGAGUUCUUGUUCUUCAGCUUGUACUCUAUCAUGGGCAAAACAUCCGCGUUUAUCGGUCCGAUCGUCAGCAGCGCCAUUAUCGAUGCUAGUCCGAAUGGAAACAACAGUCUACCGUUCUAUUUUCUAUUUGGGCUGAGCGUGCUGAGUUUCUUACUGUUGUAUUUCUUCGUCGAUCUCAAGAAGAGCAGGAAGGAACAGGAAGUGUUCUUGGCGAAAGAAAAAGCGGCCAAGGAACGACGUGCCAGUCUUGUACUUUUCAAUCAGGGUCGACCGGUCGACAACGCGCCCGGUGGCAAAGACGCGCAAGACGAUGGGGACAAGAUGGACGUGUCUGACGAAGUCUUGAGUUCAAAAAAGAGUUUAGAGAAGGAAAUGGUCAAAUCUUGA